AUGCCGACUGUCAUUAACGGGAAUGGAGGCAACGACUCUGCCAUUAAUGGCAGUAUGCUCAAUUCGUUCCGCCUGUGGAACGAAAGGCAGUGGCAGCUGGGGCCCGGUAUAUGGGGCCACCUGCCCUCCUCGCCGGCUCGGGGCGAGGUUGCCAUGACCGGGAUUACGGCCCCGGUUACUGCGGCUAAUGCGGCCGCUGCCCUGGCCAUGAUGGCCGCCUCGGCCGGUCUGGCUAUAAUAGCCGCCGCCCUGGCCGCCUUGGUCGUGUUGGCCGCCUUGGCCGUGUUGGCCGCCUUGGCCGUGUUGGCCGCCUUGGCCGUGUUGGCCACCCUGGCCGUAUUGGCCGUGGCUAGGCAGUGGCAGCUGGGGCCCGGUAUAUGGGGCCCCCUGCCCUCCUCGCCGGCUCGGGGCGAGGCUGCCAUGACCGGGAUUACGGCCCCGGUUACUGCGGCUAAUGCGGCCGCUGCCCUGGCCACAAUGGCCGCCUCGCCCGGCCUGGCCUCCCUCCCCCGUGUUCUGGCCUCCUUGGCCGCUUUCUUCCGAUCGCUGUCCGGGCAUUUUAUUUAUCGUUAA